UUACAAGUCAUAUACAAGUUCACACGAUGCAGUGCGAUUGGUUAUUUUAUCAGCAUUGGGUCAUUCACCUCCCUGUGGUUUGAAAACUCUCACUGUUGAUAUUCGUAAACAUGGGAAAGGGACAAGUGAAAGGAUUAGUUGAGCGAUUGAAAGAUGGGGACAAUGUGCUCAUUGCUGAGGGAUACAUGUGGGAAUUUGAGCGGAGGGGCUACUUACAAAGUGGCGGUAAUGUGCCGGAAGUAGUCCUGGACCAUCCGGACCUUGUGCGCAUUAUGCACAGAGAGUUCGUGCAUGCUGGAAGUGACGUAGUGGAGGCCUUUACAUACUAUGGACACAGAACAAAGUUGCGCGACAUCGGACGCGAGGCUGAUUUGGAACGUCUGCAGAAAGACGCGCUCGCAAUCGCGCGGGAAAUAGCAGACGAGACCGGUACUCUAAUGGCGGGAAAUCUAUGCGGCACGGGAAUAUACAGCGUAGACGAUACACUGUCUCACGGCACGUGCAGGGAAAUGUUCAGGGAACAAGUUGAGUGGGCGGUAGAGGGCGGGGCGGACUACAUCAUUGCUGAGACCUUUUGUUAUGUCGGGGAGGCACUGCUGGCUCUAGAGGUCAUCAGCGAGUUUGGCAAUGGUUUGCCGGCUGUCAUCACACUGACGCCAUACGACCCUGACGAGACGGUUGACCACGUGCCGUUCCCGGACGCCUGUAAGCGCCUGGAGGACGCAGGGGCCGCGGUUGUUGGUCUCAAUUGCUCCCGGGGACCAGAAACCAUGCUGCCGCUUAUGAAGGAGAUCCGCAAAGUCUGCAAGGGCCCAAUAGCUGCGGUUCCCGUGCCUUACAGAACAAACGAGAAACACAAAAACUUCAUGGCCUUUAAAGAUGAAUGGACAGGUGAGAGCCUGUAUCCCCUGGACGUGAACUGCUGUAUGUGUAACAGGAGCGACAUCCACAAGUUCGCCGACCAGGCCAAGGCCAUCGGGGUCGAGUAUAUCGGCCUAUGUUGUGGGAAUGCCGCUAACUUCAUGCGUGAACUCGCUGAGGCAUACGGACGGAAACCGCCUGCAAGCAGGUAUACGCCGACGCUGGGAGACAACAUCAUAUUCGGGGACGCGGGCAAGAAAGGUAACAAAGAGAAUGAUAAGAUCCGGAAGUUCAGCGUUGGCGAGUAUGUAGCCAGCGACCUCGCCAAGCUGAAGAUGUCCAGCAGCAGCAGCAAGCUCACGGACCACCUGGAAAACCACGAUGAUGACGGUGGCGCCACGGGCAACUAGAAUCUGUAUGAAUCACUGUGCAAUAUUUGGGACGGAAGGGUGCGGCUCUUAUUGGCAUACAUUGUGAUGUGUGCUAUGUUUAAAUGUCAUGUACGAAAAUAGCAUGUAUGCAUACUAUGAUUUAUGUAUUUGAAAUUCAUUUUCAUUUGCAUUAUUGUGUAAUAAAAGUGGGUGUUUAAUAUA